CACAGUGUAAAUAUUAAGAUGAAAUUAUGUAAUUUCUGUUUAGAUAAAAUACUGUAAAUUACUGUGACAAUUUAGACGCAAGUGUGGUAAUAUAAUGAAUGUGGCCUCCCUAUGGAAUAUUGGUACGGGCCGAAUCCUCUGAACUCGCUAUACGUGCAACCAGUAGGCUACAUUCUCAAGAUAUCAAACAGCUUCAAUGUAUCUUAUCAGUUUUGAUACAUUGUAUCGGUUGCCCGAAGUGGUCUUAUAAGGGUGUUUUUAUUAGAUUGUCAUUUUUCUCUCUACAUAUUUUCCAUUGGAACAUGCUGCGUGUGAGAUCAGCAUUCUACCAGUCUUGGAGGGGCUUCAGGACCUUCCCCUGUGCAGCUGUUGAGGUGAAGAAUGAGCCCAUCCUGGGAUUCAACGAGGGCAGUCCAGAGAGGGCCGAGCUGCAGAAGGCCCUGGAUGACCUGAAGGGGAAGACAGAGGAGAUUCCCUGUGUGGUUGGAGAUGAACAUGUGUGGACCAAAGACAUCAGAUACCAGCUAUCCCCCUUCAACCACUCUCACAAACUGGCCAAGUUUUGCUAUGCUGACAAGGAGCUGCUCAACAAGGCUAUCUUGGCCUCUGUGGCGGCGAGGAGAGAAUGGGACCUGAAACCCAUCCAGGACCGAGCCCAGGUCCUCUUUAAGGCUGCCGACAUCAUCAGUGGACCUAAGAGAGCUGAGAUUCUGGCCAAAACCAUGAUAGGCCAGGGUAAAACAGUGGUGCAGGCAGAGAUUGAUGCGGCUGCAGAGCUCAUAGACUUCUUCCGGUUCAAUGCGAAGCACGCUGUUGAACUGGAGAGCCAGCAGCCCCUGGACAGUGACGGUAGCACCAACACCAUGCUCUACCGUGGGCUGGAGGGUUUCAUAGCUGCUGUUGCCCCAUUUAACUUCACUGCAAUUGGUGGAAACCUGGCAGGUACACCUGCUCUCAUGGGUAAUGUAGUUCUGUGGAAGCCUAGUGACACAGCCAUGUCAGCUAGCUACGCCGUCUACAAUGUCCUCCGGGAUUCAGGGUUGCCCACCAACAUCAUCCAGUUUGUGCCGGCUGAUGGACCAGUAUUUGGAGACACCAUCACCUCCUCUGAACACCUUGCUGGCAUCAACUUCACUGGCAGUGUCCCUACCUUCAAGCGCCUGUGGAAACAGGUGGCCCAGAACCUGGAUGUCUACAAGAAUUUUCCUCGGGUGGCAGGAGAAUGCGGUGGUAAGAACUUCCAUUUUGUGCACAAGUCAGCAGAUGUGCAGAGUGUGGUGACCGGGACCAUCCGCUCAGCGUUUGAGUAUGGAGGGCAGAAGUGCUCGGCCUGCUCCAGGAUGUAUGUACCAGACUCUCUUUGGCCCCAGAUCAAACAGGGGCUCCUGGACAUCCACAAGCAGCUCAAAGUGGGAGACCCCGUGGAGGACUGGAGUACAUUCUUCUCUGCUGUGAUUGAUGACAAGUCCUUUGCUCGUAUUAAGAAGUGGUUGGACCAUGCCAAGUCUUCCCCUAAGUUGAACAUUAUUGCUGGGGGCCACUGUAAUGACAAGAAGGGUUACUUUGUGGAGCCCACCAUCAUUGAGAGCACAGACCCACAAGAAGCCAUCAUGGCCGAGGAAAUCUUUGGGCCAGUUCUGUCUGUCUAUGUUUACCCUGAGAACGACUACCUGGAAGUUCUGCACCUGAUAGACAACACAUCACCAUAUGCCCUGACAGGAGCUGUCUUUGCUCUUGAUAAGAAUGUUGUGAAUGAGGCAGCCAAAGCCUUGCGGAACGCUGCAGGAAAUUACUAUGUUAACGACAAGUCCACUGGCUCUAUUGUCGCCCAGCAACCAUUUGGUGGCGCCAGAGCUUCAGGUACUAAUGACAAACCUGGUGGUCCUCACUACGUACUGAGAUGGACGUCCCCACAGGUGGUCAAGGCCACCCACGUCCCGCUCCGAGAAUGGAAGUACUCCUAUAUGGGUUAAAAAGACAGUACUCUACCCCUUCCUCACCUACCUAGGCCUCCCUCACCCAAUCCUAGUUCUGUAGAGGAAUCUGUAGGCGUUUUCUCCAGUCAACACGGACAAUGAAAUGAAGAGAACAAUCUUCUCCUUACUCAUCCAAGUUUUGUCCCUUUUUGCCCUUAUAAGUAUGCACUGAAUCUGUACACAAGUACGAAUGUAAUUAUUAGCUGUUCUAAAUUGAAAGGGGGAGCAACAGUGCCCCUCUCUGGCACUUCAUGAGAUCAGCAGGAGCUGCAGCUGACCCAGCCAAGCUGCCUGCUAGCUGCACAGAAGAAUGACAAUGUGACAAUACGUCCCGUGGAUCCACAGACAUAGUAAAACUGUGUGGUCUACCAUGGAUUCCACAGACUUGUAAUAAUCAAUCAUCUGUUUUUUUUUAAUCAAAUGGCUGCUAUGUGCUUCUGAGCCUCUGUUUUACCAGUACUGACUGGUCCUGAGAUGUAGGCUACUCACUGUUAGGUUGUCUCCGCCUGUUCUGUCCUGAGGAAAGUAUUCAAAGAGUUGUUAAGCAUCAAAUACUUUAUGAGUGGAAGAUGUUUUUUUUCUUCAUACGAAACUGACUCUGUAUUAGAAAAAUUAACUGACCGUCUAUCAUCUUAACACCCUUUGACAAAAACAAUAACACUGAGUUUUGACCAUGAAUAUUUCAUGACAGCUAAAGUUCAAGUAUCAAAAUGUUUAUAAUUUUAAGUGUUUGUGAUGGCAAAAAGAGGGAAGAAUGGUUAUCUUCCUUUUUUGGUGCUAAGAAAGUCCUUACUAACAGUCCUUAACCUAAACUCAGUUCCUCGCUGUGUUAUGAUUGAUUUGCUGUAUUGUCACACUAAUACUCAACCUCCUGACUGUCUCUGAUAGGAAAGGUGAUGUACUUGACUUGUUACACUUGAGCUAUGGCUGGUCCUACAGGAUGUGGCUAUGAUCACAUGUAUUUAUAAAGCCCUCAGCCUAUCUCACAAAGUGCUUAUACAGGGACCCAGUAGCUAGGAAAAACUCCCUAGGAAGAAACCUAGAGAGGAACCAGGCUCUGGGGGGUGGCCACUCUUCUGGCUGUUCUGGGUGGAGAUUUAUAAUAGUACAUGGCCAGAUCGUUCUUGAAUAUGUUCAAACGAGAGGGUCGAAAACAGCAUGUCCUGGACAGGGUAGCACGUCCGGUGAACAGGUUAGGGUUCCACUGCCGCAUGCAAACAGCAGAAACUGGAGCAGCAGCACGACCAGUUGGACCGGGACAGCCAGGAGUCGUCAUGCCAGGUAGUCCUGAGGCAUGGUCCUCUGGGAGGGGGGAGAGAAAGAGAGACAUUGAGACUGCGCAUGACAGCCUGGUCUCAUAGACUAGACGUAACAUACUAAAAGUAAAUCUGGGACACUCAAAUUAGUAUGAUAUUUUAUGUUUGGUAUGGUUACGUGAGGAAAAUACCAAAAGUAGGGUGGUUGGUCAGGCAUAUAACGUAAAUGUCUAGAAAUCCAAAGGUUGCGAGUUCGAAUCUCAUCACAAACAACUUUCGCAUUUUACUUUUCAACUACUUACAACUUUUUUGAACUUUUGCAACUACUAGCAUGUUACGUAACCCUUAACCCUUUUUAGCUAACCCUUUAACAGAACUCCUAAACUUAACCCUAACCCCUAUCCUAGCUAACAUUAGCCACCUAGCUAGAAUUUGUAACAUAUUAUACGUUUUGAAAAUUCUUAACAUAUUGUACGUUUUGCAAAUUCGUAACGUAAUGUGAUGGACAACCACAAAUUAAUACAUACCAUACGAAACGUAACAUACUAACUGGAGUGUCUUGGAUUUCCGUUAAGGAUAUUACAAAAUGCUCUGAGACCCGGUUGAGCAUGAGGGUGCUGUUACCUUUUUACUUAAACCCCACUUUGCCAUCUAAUCAUGUUUACCUCAGCAACUGCGCACACUUACUGUUCUAACCCUUCUUUUCCAAUUGUGGAAUAUUUUACUGAGCGUUUGCAAAAAAUAUAUGUAAGUGCUAAUUGCUUCAACUUCAUGUGAUUGCUCAGUCUCAAUCUGAAUUUCAUGCCAUCUUUAUUGUUUUGAAAACAAUUUCAGGGGGAUAUAUUUUGAUAAAAUGUAUUUUGUAUUUUUAAUAUUUUUCUGUUAAAUGCUAAUAGAAAUCAUUUGUCUUCGAUUGUGACUGUAUUGGUAAUAAUAGAGAUUGACCUUUAUUACAUUUGUAAUAAUGGUCAUUAAAUUAUUUCAGAAAGUAUAUUAACCUUUUGUGUUUAAUGUCAUAUUUUUGUUUCUGAAUGUGGCUUGCUUUAAUCCAUACUCUGUUGUUAUUGUGACAACUGAUGGUGUUUCUCCAGUUUCUAACCCCUUCUAAAUAUUGUAAGGUUGAGCUACAUACUUCUUGUUCAAUUGGUUUCUUCUGCAUCCAUCGAUACCAACCAUUAAUAUGUGUGAUUAACGGGGGCUGAGCUAGGGCGGUGUUUGUGAAACUAGGGCGCAUCCCGAAGGUGGCCGGGUCUUUUUACAAAAAUGUCUGUAGAGUCCUAAUGGUUUGAGCAACAAACUCAUAUAAGGGAUCUAUUAAAAGUUGGACUCUAACAAACACACACGUGACAUGUUUUCCUCUAUGACGCUCACAAGCAACACAAGGGUCGUUAGAAGGUAAGGGGCUCUUCUACAUAGAUCAUUGGAAAUCCCAGGACAUAGUGUCUAUAAUACUGUAAUAAACUCACAUUGUUGCUGUCACAAACACCAAACUCCACACAGUUGUCACUGACUAGUUCAAUAGUAAUUUCCCACUGAGAAAACAAUUUCUGUACUUAAAACAUUCAUAUAAAUUCAUUUUUCUGGUUUUGCUUUGAUUUUUCUUUUUUUUUUUGUCAAAACUCAUGAAUGCAACUAAUUUAUCAAUUUGUUUUGUGUUCAACUUGUAGCCCUCGUUGUCCUGAAAAUAAGAUGGUCAAAAACUGCAUUGUGAGGCUAAACAUAAGGGCUGGACAUGCAGAUAAAUGAAAAGCCAAUUUUUGCUGGGGUCUCGGGACUGAUAGGGUUAACCAAUUUGACAAGAGUUAAAUUGUGUACCUACCCAGAGUGAACUGGGAAUGCUGUCCUACACUGAGGUGUCAAAGUACAAAGCCAAGGUUUUUACUUCCUGUCAGGAUGUUUGAGUAUGUGCUAGUAUCUCUACCUCAUCCCUCACGCUGUGAUGUGUUCAUAGUGCCACACUCCUGUCACAUCAAAGUCAGAUGGGAGGAGACAUCCUUACCGUGCCUUUGGCACACUCCCAUCCUUCAAACUGUUGGAAGUUAGUGCUGUACGUGUGUUAGUGCUGUACGUGCUGCACGAGAAAGAGCACUGCCUGGCAGCACAGGAAGUUGGUGGCACCUUAAUUAGGUGGGGAGGACAGGCUCAUGAUAAUGGCUGGACCAGAAUUAGUGGAAUGCCAUUCCAUUCGCUCCGAUCCAGCCAUUAUUAUGAGCCGUUCUACCCUCAGCAGCCUCCACUACCUGACAGACACCAAAUGUCUGGAUAUAUAGGCUCAAAGAAUCUGCUGUCUAUUUUUUUAUACUCAACUUUCUCAUUGCAUUAGGAUUCAUAACAGUGGAAAAAGUUGCAAUCAGACAACCAGAGCCAAUGUGCAGGCAGGAAUAGGCAACGGUGCUCAUUAACUAAAGGGAAAUUGAAAGAAACAUAUCUAGACAAACUAAAUAUUCAAACUGGUCACUGGCAAAUUUGUAACUCAUUAGUUGAACAUUUCUAAACCAUCUGUAGGGGGAAUAUAAAUUACGUGUUACUAUUCCUAUUGAAAGAAGUCUGAAGAAUAAUUGUCAUUUUGUCAUGUCAAAAUAUUUAGCACAGGUCCUGGGUAUUUUAUAGUGUCAUUACAAAGCCAUGCCAACUAUUCUAGGGACUAAUCUCAUGGUGAUACAUACUGCAGUGGAAUGCUUUUUUAUGCAGAUUUAUGGAAUAACAUUAUGUCUGUUGUGCAGCACAAUUGGGAGAGCUUCAUGUGGGAUGCUUCAAAUAAACCCCCAUCAUGCUUUGAAUGAUAUGAUGUCCAUUGUUCCCUUUAAUACAUAGAUGUACCUUCACUGGUCAUAUUCAAUUGUUAAUGGCAUUGUUGUAGCCUACAUUUCUGGCUAAUGCCAUAUUCACAUGUAAGAUUUAAUCUGAUUUUUUUUUUUUUUUGCCAUCCAGCUUUAUACCAGCAAUAAAACGCAAUGUGU